AUGAGGCUUUACGUGUACGUAAUGGAAGCGCAAGACCUGCGUGUGAAGGAGUCUUAUGUGAAGCUUCAGGUUCGGAGGCACAAGUCCAAGACCAGGAUUUUGAGAAAUACCACCAACCCAGUUUGGAAUGAAGAGUUUGUUUUCAGGGUUCAUGACAUGAAUGAGGAGGAGCUUCUUGUGUCUGUGUUUCACCAUGACGACGAGUCUGGCUUGUUCAAUGGCGAUGACUUAGUGGGUCGGGUUCGGAUUACGGUCUGCUCUGUUGCUGCUGAGACUAAUUGCACCCUGCCGCCAGCUUGGUAUUCUCUUGAAAGUCCCAAGACUGGGAAAUUUAUCAAUAAAGAUUGUGGGAAAAUUCUUCUUACUCUUUCUCUGCAUGAAAAAGGCCAUGAUCACCUCCUUUGUGCGCAGCCAAAUAUAAGCAUUGAGGAAACUAAAGAGUUGGACAGUCCAUUUAUGUCAUCCCACGGUGUAUUUGGUUCCAAAUCUCCAUGUGUGAAGAUACCAGGAGGGAAACAGUUAAUGAAGGCUAUUAUAAGACGUGUGGACAAGCUUUUGCAUAAGAACGAUGAAGCUUUAAAAACAGAUGAUUCUUCAGAGUUUUCUAGUUCAGUAUCUGACUAUGAAGAUUGUGUGGAGGAACAUCAUACUAUUUGUAGCUUUGAAGAGUCUCUUGAGCUGAUGCAGUCAAGAGUAAGCGAACAACAAAUGCCAGAGAAUCUGCAGGGGGGAAUUCUUAUUGAUCAGGCAUACUUUGUCUCACAACAUGAUCUUAAUGCAUCUCUUUUCACCCCAAAUUCACAGUUCAGGAGAGAUCUGGCAGAACUUCAGAGGACAACAGAUGUACAUGAGGGGCCUUGGACAUGGACAUCCGGAGAGAUCCCAUGUUUGACACGAUUUGUUACCUACACAAAAGCUGCCUCAAAGUUAGUUAAGGCUGUCAAAGCCACAGAGGAGCAAACGUACAUGACAGCCGAUGGAAAGGAAUUUGCUGUAUUUGUCAGUGUGAGUACACCUGAUGUUCCAUAUGGAAAUUCAUUCAAGGUUGAGUUGCUUUACAAGAUAAUGCCUGGACCAGAGCUACCUUCAGGAGAAGAAUCCUCCCGUCUUGUGGUAUCCUGGGGUGUUAACUUUCUCCAGAACACAUUCAUGAGAGGCAUGAUUGAAGGAGGAGUUAAGCAGGGACUUAAGGAGAGUUUUGAUCAGUUUUCCAGCUUGCUGGCUCAGAAUUUUAAAACGCUGGAUUCCACAGACUUGUCUGACAAGAAUCAUAUCUUGGCAAGUACGCAGGCAGGACAUCAAUCAGAUUGGGAGUUGGCGAGAAAAUACUUCUGGAAUCUCACUCUAGUUACCACUACUUUUAUGGUUCUGUAUGUCCUGGUUCAUAUUCUACUUUGUGAGCCCAGUAAACUCCAAGGAUUGGAAUUUAAUGGACUUGAUUUGCCAGACAGUGUUGGAGAGCUCAUCACAUGUGGAAUUCUAGUCCUUCAAUUGGAGCGCGUCUAUAACAUGGUUUUACACUUUGUACAAGCUAGGUUGAAGAAAGGAAGUGAUAAUGGAGUCAAAGCCCAAGGUGAUGGAUGGGUUCUUACUGUUGCUUUGAUUGAAGGGAACAACUUAGCAUCCUUGGAUUCAUCAGGGUUCUCUGAUCCUUACGUGAUUUUCACCUGCAAUGGUAAAACAAGAACAAGCUCCGUCAAGCUUCAAACUAGUGAUCCUCAAUGGAAUGAGAUACUCGAGUUUGAUGCUAUGGAAGAACCUCCAUCAGUUUUGGACGUUGAAGUUUUUGAUUUUGAUGGCCCUUUUGACCAAGCUAUGUCACUUGGGCAUGCUGAGAUCAAUUUUCUUAAACACUCAGCUACGGAACUCGCAGACAUGUGGGUCUCCCUUGAGGGAAAGCUUGCUCAGUCUUCUCAGUCAAAGUUGCACUUAAGAAUCUUUUUGGACAAUAACAAAGGAGUUGAAACAAUCAGGGAGUAUAUGACCAAAAUGGAGAAGGAAGUUGGAAAGAAGGGCCGACUCUAUCUUUCUGCGAGGAUAGUUGGGUUUUACGCAAACUUGUUCGGACACAAAACAAAAUUUUUCUUUCUUUGGGAGGAUAUUGAAGAUAUCCAAGAGCUUUCCCCAUCCUUAUCAUCUGUAGGUAGCCCUUUGCUGGUCAUUGUUCUGAAAAAGGAUCGAGGUCUUGAUGCAAGGCAUGGUGCGAAGUGUCAAGAUGAAGAAGGCAGGCUUAGAUUUCAUUUUCAAUCAUUUGUGUCAUUCAAUUCAGUCAUCAGGACAAUAAUGGGUUUGUGGAGAACAAGAACACUGAGUCCUGAUCAGAAAGCACAAAUUUCUGAAGAACAUAAUGAUCAAGAAGACAGGUCCACCAUGCUUGAAGACACUGAAUCCAUACUUAAUCUUGAGGAUGCAAAGAUGUCCAAAGUUUAUACUGCAGAACUACCUAUUAACACAAAAUCUCUGAUGGAAAUGUUCGAAGGAGGAACGUUGGAGCACAAAAUAAUGGAGAAAUCUGGUUGUCUUAACUAUGCAACUACUGCAUGGGAACCUACAAAAAAGCCGGAUGUGUUUGAGCGUCAUCUGUCAUACAGAUUCAACCGCCAAGUUUCGAUCUUUGGAGGAGAGGUCACAUGCAGACAAAAAAAAACUCCCAUUGAAGAUGGUGAAGGAUGGGUAGUGGACGAAGUUAUGGCCCUGCACGGUGUUCCAUUUGAGGAUCACUUUCGUGUUCAGUUUAGGUACCAGAUUGAGAAUUCUACCCUAGCUCAUAAUGCAUGUAAAUGCAAUGUUCAUGUCAGGGUCACCUGGCUUAAAAGCACAAAGUUUCAGGAGAGGAUCACACACAACAUUAUAGAGAAGUUUGCCCAUCGACUGAAGGAAAUAUUCGAAUUUGUAGAUAGGGAGAUUCUCUUGGCACCAAGACAAGAAGACACUUCCCUUUGA